CGCUGCAACCGCGGGGUCGACGGGCGGGGCGAGACGCUGGACGGCCGGCCACCGCGCUCCUCCUCCUCCUUCCGAGACCGAGCUGCGCUCCGGCACCAUGUCGGCCUACCCCAAAAGCUACAACCCAUUCGACGACGACGCAGAGGACGAGGGCGCCCCGUCGACGUCCUGGAGGGACGCCCGCGACCUCCCCGACGGGCCCGACGCGCCCGCGGACAGGCAGCAGUAUCUGCGGCAGGAGGUGCUGCGGAGGGCCGAGGCCACAGCCGCCAGCACCGACAGGUCCCUGUCGCUCAUGUACGAGUCCGAGAAGGUCGGGAUCGCCACUUCCGAGGAACUCGUCCGUCAGCGAGGAGUCUUAACGCGCACGGAGAAGAUGGUGGACAAGAUGGACCAGGAUCUGAAGACCAGCCAGAAGCACAUCAAUAGCAUUAAGAGUGUGUUUGGGGGGCUUGUCAAUUACUUCAAAUCCAAACCAGCAGAGACCCCACCUGAGCAGAAUGGCACCCUCACCUCUCAGCCCAGCAGCCGAUUAAAAGAAGCUGUAAGUACAAGUAAAGAACAAGAGGCAAAGUACCAGGCCAGCCAUCCAAACCUCAGAAAGCUGGAUGAUAUAGACUCCAUCCCUGGAGGGGCUAGUUCUGCUGUGAGCAUGGAAGCUUACCCGAAGAACCCGCACCUUCGAGCCUAUCACCAGAAGAUUGACAGCAACCUGGAUGAGCUAUCCGUGGGCCUGGGCCGUCUGAAGGACAUAGCCCUGGGGAUGCAGACGGAAAUCGAGGAGCAAGAUGACAUUCUUGGCCGACUGACAACCAAAGUGGACAAGUUAGAUGUCAAUAUAAAAAGCACAGAAAGAAAAGUUCGACAGCUGUAAAGACAGAGAAUGAUUUCCACUCCAUUGUGACAAAAAGAUUCUAAAGAUCUGUUUUGAACUUCCAAGAAAUUUCAUUUAUUAUUUUAGUAUGUAAUUUAAAGUGUUGCAAAUGUUAUAAUAGAGUGGGUCUU